AUGGAAGUGGAUCGACUUUUGGCCAGCUGUGAACUGAUCGAGGCCAGAAGAAGGGAGACACUCUACGACGUCAUCACUGCACCUGCCAUUCAACAUUUUGCAGAAAUGGGGAUCCACUGUAUAGUUGACGUGUCACCAAGUGGAAUUCAACGUCUUCAUUCUCUUCGCAUCUAUCCCAUUGUUAUUCGUAUCAAAUUCAAAUCGGCCAAGCAAAUCAAAGACGUUAAGGAAGACUUCUGUGGAGAGAAAAUCACCACAAAACAAGCUAAGGAUCUCAUCGACAAGGCGUCCGCCGUGGAAAAAGAACUGGAGGCGAUGAAUUGUUCAGCUUCGGUACUGAUGGUCACUUCACAAGGCCCAGCUAGAGGAGUUGUGAAGCAUGUGUGUCAACAGAUUGUGACUCUGAUAGAACAUGAACAGAAGAAAACCAUCUGGAUGACAACUCCACAGUAA